CACCUUUCCCUCCACAAGCGCCCAUCAGCCCUCCCCUGCUGCAGAUCUUCCCUCUGAGCUGUGGGUCUGCGGCAAUGGCGGCGCUCGCUCCAUCCAAGAUGCUCGGCACCCGGCUCGACUUCGCCGGCUCCUCCCGCUACGCCACCGCAGCGCCCACCGCGGGGGCGCAGAAGAUCGUCUCCCUGUUCAGCAAGAAGCCCGCCCAGAAGGCAAAGCCCGCCGCGGUGUCGUCCUCGGGCCCGGACAUCGGCGACGAGCUCGCCAAGUGGUAUGGCCCUGACAGGAGGAUCUACCUGCCGGAGGGUCUCUUGGACCGCUCGGAGGUGCCGGAGUACCUCACCGGAGAGGUUCCUGGAGACUAUGGCUACGAUCCUUUUGGCCUGGGCAAGAAGCCAGAGGACUUCGCCAAGUAUCAGGCCUACGAGCUGAUCCAUGCCAGGUGGGCCAUGCUCGGUGCCGCCGGCGCCGUCAUCCCCGAGGCUUGCAACAAGUUCGGCGCCAACUGCGGCCCCGAGGCCGUCUGGUUCAAGUCUCAGCUCAUGCAUGGUGUGACCUUAAUGCAGACCGGCGCCCUGCUUCUGGACGGCAACACCCUCAACUACUUUGGCAAUAGCAUCCCCAUCAACCUGGUCGUCGCCGUCGUCGCCGAGGUCAUCCUCGUCGGCGGCGCCGAGUACUACCGAAUCAUCAACGGGCUCGACCUAGAGGACAGGUUGCACCCUGGCGGCCCCUUCGACCCGCUGGGUCUGGCCAGCGACCCCGACCAGGCUGCGAUUCUCAAGGUGAAGGAGAUCAAGAACGGCCGGCUGGCCAUGUUCUCCAUGUUCGCCUUCUUCAUCCAGGCCUACGUCACCGGCGAGGGGCCCGUCGAGAACCUUGCCAAGCACCUCAGCGACCCAUUCGGCAACAACCUGCUCACCGUCAUCUCCGGCGCCGCCGAGAGGACGCCCAGCCUGUGAGGACCGCCGUCGUGUCGCCAGCUGCGUGCAUGGGGUGCGGUGCAACCUGAUGUGCUGCUGUGUUUGAUGUUACCGGGAAAAUGUGAGUCUGAAUGUGCCACAAGUGUAAAUUAUCAAGAGGGGGAAGAAACCUUUUCAUUCUGAUCUCUGAUAGGACUGCUGCUUGAAUUUGUGCCUAAGAUAUGCUGCUUAAGUAAUUCAUUCAUCGUCGUUAAGAUGCCAAA